UAUUCGGACGCGGUUGCAUUGCCCGCGCGCACCACACCGGCACACGCACCGCGCACCACACGCUCGCGCUAUCGCUCGCCGCCGCCGCCGCCGCACGGCUCAGUCCACUCGUCGGCACCGCUGCGUGCUGUGGUCAUUCCGGCACUCGCGGCCAUCGCUUACGUACGCGCGACGCUCGUCGUCCGUCCGCCCGCUCGCUCCGAUAAUAUUAUAAGUUAUUAUCGUCGUGUACUUAUACCAUCGAACACUUUUCGGUACAUAAUAUUAUACGAACGUACUUAUUUGUUUUUAGUAUUUUUGUUUAUUUAUUUAUUUUUUUUUUUGUUUUAUUAUUAUUAAACCGUUUUAUUAUACCGUCUCGCCGCGGUCACGUCUUAUGACAUUAUUCGAUAUUAAUUAUAUUUCGCGGGCACGAUAAGUCAAUUUGUUUCGUUUAUUUUUAUUUUUAUUAUUAUUUUUUUUUUAAAUUGCGUACAACACUCCGCAUUAUUUGAUUUACGAAAUUUAUCCACUAUAUAAUUAUGUGAACUCCGCGGUCGAAAAAUGAUCGACUUCCGACUUCCGGCCAACGUUUUUCCAAAGAACCGACCACUGUCGUCGGAGUUUAUAUGAGGAGAAAAAUUUCGUAACCAACGUGGUGGAACCGUCAAGAUUACGUUCACCAUGAGGAUUAAAAUGCCCGCAGUUCGUAUCGCUCAAGCGGAUACGGACCCGACACACAGCACCGGCGGCACCGAUCAGGUUGACCUGCUGACGUGUGGUCAGUGUCAGAGAGUGUUCCUAUUGUCAGAUAUAUGCCGGUUCGUACAGCACAAGAUGACCGGUUGCAGCAAGGACUCACUGGCUGCCAACUGCAACAGCAACAGUGGCGACGACUGCGCCGGACCACCGCCGCCGCCACAGCCACUAGACAACGGUCUUUCAGCGUCUAAGUCGAAAUCACACCACCGGUCCCAGUCACCGGCUGGUGCCGACGACCCGUCUACACUCCACCAUAAUCAUCAUAAUCAUCACAGGCGACCACCGCCGUCCAGCACGCCCAAGCGGACGUCCGACCGGAACAACGGUGGCGAAGAUGGUGCCGCGAGUUCCGAGGACGAAAAGUCCACUGCCGCCGCCACCAAGGGCGGACGGGUAAAACAGGGAUCCGAGUCAUCUGAGGACUUGGGCUACAAAAAGUCCAACCGCUCGGCGUUGUCCUGCGUCGAUGCCGAAUCCAACACCACCAAUUCAGAGCCCAGCAGUUUCGUAUGUUGCACGUGUAAGGCGAGGUUCAACUCGUCGUGGAGACUUUUGCAGCACGCCCAGACCUCGCACUCAAUGAAGAUAUACACAGACGGCACGCCGUCGCCGGUGUCGCAGUCCAAGAACAAUUCGUCGUGCUCUUCGCUGGGAUCGUCCGGGUGCUCAAGCGGCAAUACGUCGUCACUGCCAGGCAUGUCGGUCCUGCCGCUCUCCCUUGGCAUGCCUCCAUCCCGGAUGAACAUGCACACCCAUCCACCACCACCACCACCACCGCCCACGAGUACCGGGCCGCCGUCAAUGGUCGACAAUAACCCUAUGUCCAUGCCUAUGCACAACCCUUUUGCUGUUGGAGGCUUGCUUAGGAUGCCGAUGGGCGAGCCUCCCCAGCGUCCGUCCCCGUUCCCUGGGACGUCUCCCAUCGGCAACCCACCACUGUUCGGACGGACGUCCAGUCACCACCAAGAUCACCAGUUCCGCAUGGAGCAGCUCAUGUCUGAACAGUUUAGGCUCAACCAGCAGCAGCACGGGCUGGGUUUCGCCGUGGCGGUGGCCGCGGCAAACGCCAUGCCCACGUCACCAUUCCCGGGGCUAGCCGCAGCGGCCGCAGCCAACGACCGGAACAAUCCUAGACACCCAGCGCCAACGUUACCGGCCUUAAAUCUCGAUCCCCAGAUGGAUUUUUACUCGCAGCGAUUGCGGCAACUCGCAGGUACCACUAGUCCUGGAGCUGCUACUGCACCAAGUUCGUCGCCUUCGCCGCGAAAAAUGACGCCACCUUUUAGCAGCCCCAACAACAACAACAACAACAACAAUCAUAUCAACAAUAGCGUCUCAGCAACAACAGUCCCAACUGUAACGCCGCAGACGAACACUACUGUCGCCUCAGCAGUCACCGUCGGCUUGAACAACAAUAACAAUAACAACAGCAACGUGAGCAACAACAAUUCGAUCGAGUCCGAACAAGACCGGAUCGCCGGCGACGCGUCCAGGCAUACGCUUGACCUGUCGUCCAACGCGUCCAAGGACAAGACGUGCCAAGACAUAACCAGUCAACCACAGCUGAUUGGUGAGGAAGAGAAGACUCGCGAGUGUGAAUACUGCGGAAAAAAGUUCCGGUUCUUGAGCAACUUGAUAGUGCAUAGGCGUACGCACACUGGAGAAAAGCCGUACAAGUGUUCGGUGUGCGACCACGCGUGUACGCAGAGCUCCAAAUUGAAGCGGCACAUGAAAACGCACCGCCGGUCGAACCGGGGAAACGGGCUGGCCGGUGGCGAGUGUGGGACGACCACCAAUGGGGUGGAUACGAGCUCGACACCGGACUUAACAUCCAACGAUGAUGACGAGGACGAUUCUGAAAUAGAUGACGACGAAGCGGAAAUCGAGGAAGAAGAUGACGGUGACGAGGACGACGUUGAUGAGGAUGACGCCGAUGAGGACGAUGGUGACGAUGAUGACGAGGAAGAAGAGGAGGAGGAUAUGGAGCUGGAAGACGAGGACAAUGACGAGAACGAUGAGGGUGGCGACGUCCCGGAGGACUUGACGACCAAGUCGACGUCGUCGGCCGAACACGACAAAAAGCCGGGCGGCAACAGCUCUAAUCGCACGUCGCCCGAGAACACGCCUGGUGACCGUAUACCGCAACCAUUACCACCGAGCUCUCUGGUUGGAGAGCUCAUGAGCAAAUUCGGUCUGAGCAAUAUCCAACAGUACAGCGAAGCGUACAAGCAAGCGCUCAAGGAGUCAUCUUCGCUGCUCCCACCACAGUUCCGGAUCCGGCGGAAGGACAACUUCCGGCUGUCUCCGUCCAUCAUACCGGACAACAACAACAGUUCGACAAAGUCAGCGAACCCGUUGCGCAACCUGGAGAACGGACUUGUCGACAAGACGGCGGCGGAUAUCCGGUUCCGCGAGGAGCUCACCAAGAAUCUGAUCGCCGCCGGGCAAAACCCGCUCGACCUGGUUGGCGCGCAUCACAGCAUCUUUGGGCCGGGUUCCGCGUUCGAGAAUCCGUUCGACCCGGCCUCCAAGAGGCUGAAGUUAGACACCGACAAUCCGCAUCACCCGCUGCUGACCCGAGAAAGGCUGUACGCGGCGAACAUGUGGCUUCCGGCCAUAGCGGCGCACCACCGGGGUGAGUCGUUCCUGAGCGGACUUCCUGGAAAGCCACCGUCGGCCGGAAGCGGUGUCGGUGAACCGGGCAGCGGCGGCGGUGGUAGCGGCCGCUCGAAACCCGGUCCCAGUUCGCUGUCCGCGGCCCUUAACUUGGGCCUACAGGGGGCGCACUCCAAAAAAGAGUCGCGGCGAAACGACACGUGCGAGUACUGCGGCAAGGUAUUCAAGAACUGCAGCAACCUGACGGUGCACCGGCGGUCGCACACUGGUGAAAAACCGUACAAGUGCGAGCUGUGCUCGUACGCGUGCGCCCAGAGCUCCAAGCUGACCAGGCACAUGAAGACGCACGGCCGCCUUGGCAAGGACGUGUACCGAUGCCGGUUCUGCGAGAUGCCGUUCUCGGUGCCGUCCACGCUCGAGAAGCACAUGCGCAAGUGUGUCGUCAACCAGAACAUCAAGCUGGAAGGCAGCCAGUACAUCAAAAUGGACGACGGUUCGAAGACCGCAGAAUCCGGCGGCGCUGGUGGUUACAUCUUACCAUCGUCCAUGGUCGACGACGAGUCGUACAGCAGUUCGGCUGUUUCCAAGGACAACACAUGACUCUUCCCCUGGAGGGGUUUCAGCCCCCUCCCCGUACAGAGUACGACGAUAUACUGACGGCGGGUGCCGAGGAGCACAUAGUCCACUGUACAGAGAAUCGACGAAAAACCAAUUUUAUUAUAUUUAAUAACGAUGUCUACUAUUAGAUCAUACUCGACACGCAUAUUUUAAUAUUAUGUAAGUGCGUUAAGAUAUAUAUAUAUAUAGAUAAUUUACAAAAUACAAAUAGAUCUCGAAAAACAUUUAUAUGACGAUAAUAUUUUUGUUUUGACCACGCAGUUUUAUGUGUUUUUUUUUUGUUUAGUUACCGUUUCACUAUAACUCUUUUUUUGAAAAAAAAAAAAUCUAUAACAUUGUUAUUAUAAACCACGCGGAAAACAAGCCGUCUUCUCCGCCGAUCGUCUUUCUAUCGUGUACCGCUACCCACCCCUCUGUAUAGGUCUGGUGUAAAUAUAGUCUUGUUUUAAUUUAAUUUUACAUAUAUAUAUAUAUUUUUUUUAUUUUAAUCUUCCUUUAUCUGUUCGUAUAAGGCUAUAUACUAUACCCACGGUUAAACGGCAUAACAUCGAUUCGCUCAAAACAAUAUUAUGCUAACUGAAAACGACGUACCAUUCCAAAUGCCUACCUACUACUAUAUAUAUACUAUACGGUUUUCGCGUUCACCGGACGUUGUACAGUUUGCGUCUAUUUUUUUUUUAACUUAAUUUUCUUUCGCGCCGAUUCCGUUUCAACGAAAGUACCUCCUACAUUCCCGAGAGAUCAUCAUGAGUUCCACACCGAAGACUGCAUUUUUCGAGUUCACAUAAUCAUUAUUAAAGUUUUCCAACCGCUUUAUACAUACGCGUCACGUUUACGUGUAGACCGAGUGGAUGCGCGUGAUUAUGUGAAGGAAAAACGAUAUUGUAAAUGGUAAUAAUUUUAUUAUUAUACGAUAUUAUCUCGAUAUACAUUCCCAGAAAAUUUGUAAAUAUAAAUAACGUGUCGAACACAUCGUGUAUAAUAAUAUAAAACAAUAUUUAAGUCCCAUUUCUCCACCGUGUAAAUAAUUUUUCAUAAAAAUAAGUACAAAAUGUUUAUAAGUUUAGAAUUUUGUCGUGUAGAUUUUUUUUUUUUAUUGUUAACAAUCGUUUGUUUUUUUUCUCUUUUAGAAAUGAGUAAUUUCUAACAAAAAAAAAAAAAAUGUUGUAAAUUCGGUUUAUGUUUGACUAGUCUGUUAUUUAUUAUUUUACAACUACAAUUAUUUUUAUUAUUAUUAUUAUUCUUAUUAUUACUAUUAUUAUUAUUAUUAUUAUUAUUAUUAUUAUUAUAAUUAUUAUUAUUAUUAUUAUUACGAUUAUUAUUUGAUUUAGAAUUAAAAGCAUCUCCAAACCCCAAGUAUAAACUCACCAAUAAAAUGUUUGAAAUUAAAAAUAAGAAAAAAAACAAAAAAAAAAUUAUUAAAAGUUAUAACAUAUACCUACGUUUUAAUUAAAAUUGCGUUUACGCUCACUAAUGUUCCUCAUUAUUUUAUUGUAGAGUUCUUAUACGGAUUAGAGUUUAAAAAAAUGGUGUAUUUAAAUUUUCCUAUGUAAUUUAGGAAAUACCUUACGUAAAUAAAUUGUAAGUUUAAUAUUUUAUUGACUGUGCGUUUGGUUUAAAAAAAAUAUAUAUAUUAUCAUCACUGUACCUAAAAAUAAAUAAAUAUAAAUAAAUAAAUAAUCGUCUAUCUUUUUAUUAUUAAUUAUUUGUAUCAUUAUUGGUUACUAUCAUAUUGUUGAAGUGAUGAGAUUUAGAUUAGGUUUAGUGAAACUUCACGACGUCGACCGUUUUCGGUUUCGGGAUCCGACGACAUUUUUUUCAGACUUUUGAUGGUCACUCGACAUGAUAUAAUAAUAAUCAUCAUUAUUAUUUCACUGGCGCAUUAUUUUGUUCGUUUGUCGAGUAAUCACCAAAACUCUGACCUCCGACGUCAGAUAUCGAAACGCAGACAACGGCCGUACAUCUAAUAUAAUAUAAUAUAAUUUUAUUUCUCGGUAUAAAUAUAUAUAUAUAUAUAAGUACUACAGUACCUAUAUAUAUGAUACACAAACACAGAAACACAUACACACACACACAGACACGCAUAAAAACACGAACGAUGUAUUUGUUUUCUAUAAAAUUAAAAUAGGUAGGCAUUUACCUAAAAUUAUAGACAUAUAAAAUAUAUUACAUAUAUUUAUAUAAUAUAUUUGUAAUAACAAAAUAUCACGUCACCCUGACGUUGUUCUCAAAGUUAUUAUUUCGAGUUUUAAAAUCAAAACUUUGCAUUGAAAGAUGUCUCUCCUUCUACGUAUACAUAUUAUUAUUAUUAUUAUUAUACAAGUAUUAUAUAUAUAUUAUAUUAUAUAAUAUACGUUUUGUACUGCAAACAGUUUUUCGUUUAUUGUUUUUUUUUUUAUUUAUUAUACUGUCGGCAUAUAUUAUAUCGUUGUAUGUACAUAAUACCUACUAUAUUAUGAUAUUAUUUAUUUUACGUCGAAUCGGUUUUUGUCUUUUAAGUGAUUAUAUAUAUAUAUAUACAUACAUACUAUAUAAAUGAUUUGUUUAGAAUAUUGUAAUUGGUUUAAUAAAAUAUAUUAUAUGAUAUAAUAUAAAUAUAUAAAUAUUAUACAUACAUUAAAAUAUGA